AUGAGUGCUGCCAUGAAACAACGGCUGAACGGGUGUCGACGUCGCCCCUCCCCUUCCACAGCGGGUCAACGAUUCCGUUGUCGUCGUCAUUCAGCUGUGCACUUCAAACGGGCCUCAGAUAUCUCUAACGUGCAUUUCGAUAGCGUCUUGCUACCACCCUGGAUGUCCCUCAUCCUAUCGGUGCCAGACAGUUCGUUGACGACGAAUCUUCUCGCAGCGGAUAUCGAUGAACGGAGUACCGAAUCGGAAUCGGGAAGUCGUGGUUUCGUUCGGUCUCACUCUCGUUCCCCUACAGCUAGUCCGGGUUUUAGUCGAGCAGUGAAGACGAGUCGGCGGAAUAUCGAGUUGAAACACACAAUGAUUGACUUUGGCGAGACUACAACUGCUCAUGGAAUACCUAUGGUAAGAUAUUUUGAGGCUCAACUACUCUGGCAUUAUUAA